AUGGAUGUAUCGUACCGGAACAACCUGCUGGGACUCGCUGCUCUCAACUGGGUGCUGCUUGUGAGCCAGCCCACACGUCGGUCCAUGCUGAACACCCAGGAGGAGAGAGUGCUCAAGAAGGAUCCCACCGUCAAGCUUCCGCCCCAGGCCGUCAGACAUCCACAGGGCACUAUCUACAAGGUCUACUUCUUCAUUGCCAUCUCGGCUUGGUUCAAUGAGAUAUUCCUCAACAACCUGUACCGCCAAGACUACGACCUCACUUCCCGGCAGAUUAACUACCUGACCCUGACGAGCCUGGUCACCAGUGGACUUUCCUCCUUGUUCGUUGGUGCUCUCGCUGACAAGUAUGGCCGCAAGUCGACCAACGUGCUAUUCUCGGGCUGCUAUGGAGCCUCGGUCUGCCUUGCUAUGAUCCCCGAGCUUCCAGCGCUCUAUGCCGGUCGGGUGCUUGGAGGCUUCGCCACCGCCAUCGUGUUCAGUGUCAUGGACAGCUGGAUUGUGUUCGACUUCUUUGCCCGGAAGCUGAUCCACCAGGGCUGCGAUUUGUACCGAACCUUCGGGACAUUGGCUGUAAUCAACGCCUUCGCUGCCGUGGCAUGCUCUGUCAUCGGAGAUCGCCUCGUCUGGGCCACGGGAUCCAACAAGGCCCCCUUUAUCGUCAGCUGGCUUGUUAUGUGGCAAGCCAUGCAAGCGUUGUGGUCAAAAUUCAAAGAAGUCUACGGUGCUUCAGCGACCGACGACCGGGAGAUGAUUAAGAACACUCCUAGUGUUAUUAAGGUCUUCAAGCGCCCCUACAUGUGGGCCCUGACGCUCGCGAUCACUGUCUUCGAAGGCUCCGCCCUGCUGUUCGCCUUCUCUGCCGCCCCUGUCCUGAAGUCCGUACACAAGUCUAGUAGGGAGCUUCCGCUUACAUACGUGUUCGCUUGCAUCAUGGCUUCGGCCCUCGUUGGAUCCCUGAGCUUCAACAUAGUCAUGGUUAGGAGGAAGUUGAGGUUCUCUCGACUUCUGACUGGCAUUCUGGUUCUAUCCAACUUCGUCUUCUUCAAGCUUUCGAGGCCCAAGACCGAACGCGGCACCUUCUGGCUGUCCUGCCUGUUUGGCCUGUUGAUUGGGCUGUACUACCCCUGCAUCUCGACCUUGAAGGCUCGCUUGAUCGAGGAGGGUGUCCGCGCGACUGUUUACAGCUUGAUGCGGGCUCCCGCCUAUCUUUUUGUCGUCACUCAGCUUAUCCUCAACAGUGAGGCCGCGAGCACUUCCAAGAUCUUCUCGAUAUCCUCCAUGGGUUUUACGGCCGCUUUUGCAGCUGUGUGGAUCAUCUCGUUCAACAAGAAGAUCCCGUAA